UGACGAAGCUUUGCUUUCUUUGCCCAUCCCGUCGAAUGAUGAGGCGGUUUCAUGCUAAGGCUGCCUAGGAGACGUGCCACUGCGAGCAGGGCGGGGAAGAACAGCAAUGGGCUGGGGAGAAGUUGAGGAGGAGGAGGAGGUGGGAGUACGGCUCACUCGCCUUCUGGUGCAGUCGCUUGCUUGCCUGCUUGCCUGCCUGCCUCCCUCCCUCCUCCUUUACAGGAUUCCUGGUUCAUAGCCGUUGCUCCUGCUCUUGACAGAAAUAUUUUGUCUUUACAUUGAGUUGCAAAUCUGUAGAAGACUACUUUCUUCAUUAUCCAGUCACAGAACGUGCUGAGUGAUUUUUUUUAAAAGCUAUUUUUCAUGUCAGCUGCACUUUUUCCACAGUUAAGAACUAUAACCAUGUUGGAAAGGCAGUGACUUACUCUUUUCAAGACUUAAAAGGCAUAAUGAUAUCCACAGCACCAGCGUUCUUCACUUGAUGCAGAGAGGCUCAUGCCUUCUGUUGUAUUUGACUUGGAAUUUGCCUCAAUGCGUGUGCUCCCCCUUCCAAGUUAUCUGGCUUGCAAAACUGAGAAAGCAGCAACGGCUGCUCAUCUUUGGCAGUAGAAGAUUAUGGUGGUGGCUCAGCACUAGGAAUCCAGCAGCAGCAGAGUAAGACUCUGGAUGCAUUUUCACUAAAAAUCCUCAGCAUCAGAAAGGGCAGCUGAAUGAUUUGGCAGCUGAGCAAAAAUUUAGAUCAUUUAUAACAAGGAAACAGGAAAAGCAAGAACGUGGGGCUGGGGGCAAUAGCUCCAGUUUUUUCUGUGCUUCCAGGGAGGGGGGUUGAUUAUCAUGGCAGAUCGGACAGCUCCUAGAUGCCAGCUCCAUCUGGAGUGGGUAUAUGGGUAUAGGGGUCAUCAGUGCCGCAACAAUCUGUACUAUACAGCAGGCAAAGAAGUGGUUUACUUUGUGGCUGGAGUCGGCGUGGUUUAUAACACCAGAGAGCAUACACAGAAAUUUUUCCUGGGGCACAAUGAUGACAUUAUCAGCCUAGCUUUGCAUCCUGAUAAAACCCUUGUUGCUACAGGACAAGUUGGCAAGGAUCCUUAUAUCUGCAUCUGGGAUUCCUAUAAUGUACAGGCUGUCUCUGUCCUAAAAGAUGCACAUACCCACGGAGUUGCCUGCUUGGCUUUUGAUUCAGAUGGCCAGCGUUUAUCUUCAGUGGGGUUGGAUGCCAAAAACACAGUCUGCAUUUGGGAUUGGAAGAAAGGAAAACUACUGGCAUCAGCUACUGGCCACUCAGAUAGGAUUUUUGAUAUUUCCUGGGAUCCAUAUCAACCUAACCGAGUGGCUAGCUGCGGAGUGAAACAUAUCAAGUUUUGGACACUGUGCGGAAAUGCCUUGACAGCCAAAAGAGGAAUAUUUGGCAAAACAGGAGACUUGCAAACUAUCCUCUGUUUGUCUUGUGCAAAAGAUGACGUUACAUUCUCUGGUGCUUUAAAUGGAGAUGUCUAUGUCUGGAAAGGGCUUACCUUAGUCCACACAAUCCAAGGAGCUCAUGGUGCUGGAAUUUUUAGUAUGUAUGGAUGUGAAGAAGGUUUUGCAACUGGUGGGAGAGAUGGCUGCAUUCGACUGUGGGAUAUUGAUUUCAAGCCAAUAGCUAAAAUUGAUCUCAGGGAGACUGAGCAAGGAUAUAAAGGUUUAUCUAUCAGAAGCGUGUGUUGGAAAGCAGACCGGCUUCUAGCAGGAACACAGGACAGUGAAAUAUUUGAAAUUAUUGUAAGAGAAAGAGACAAGCCAAUGCUUAUAAUGCAAGGUCACUGUGAAGGCGAACUCUGGGCUCUGGCAGUCCAUCCCAAAAAGCCAUUAGUUGUUACUGGCAGUGAUGAUCGAUCUGUGCGCUUAUGGAGUCUUGCUGAUCAUGCUUUGAUUGCCCGAUGCAAUAUGGAAGAAGCUGUGCGGAGUGUAUCUUUCAGCCCUGAUGGAUCUCAGCUGGCUCUGGGAAUGAAAGAUGGCUCUUUUAUUGUUCUGAGAGUAAGAGAUAUGACAGAAGUUGUUCAUAUCAAAGAUCGGAAAGAAGUAAUUCAUGAAAUGAAGUUUUCACCAGAUGGCUGCUAUCUUGCAGUGGGUUCUAAUGAUGGUCAGGUAGAUAUCUAUGCAGUUGCUCAGCGUUAUAAGAAAACUGGAGAAUGCAGCAAGUCUUCUAGUUUUAUCACUCAUAUUGACUGGUCUUUAGACAGUAAAUUCUUGCAAACAAAUGAUGGUGCAGGAGCACGUUUCUUCUACAGGAUGCCAUCUGGAAAACAUUUAGCAAACAAAGAUGACAUCAAAGGAAUUUGUUGGGCUUCAUGGACCUGUGUAAUAGGAUCAGAAGUAAAUGGAAUCUGGCCAAAGUACAGUGAUGUUACGGAUAUUAACUCUGUAGAUGGGAAUUAUAAUAAUACAGUUUUAGUGACUGGAGAUGAUUUUGGAUUAGUUAAAUUGUUCAGAUUUCCAUGUCUUAAAAAAGGUGCAAAAUUCAGAAAAUAUGUUGGCCAUUCUGCUCAUGUUACAAAUGUCCGCUGGUCACAUGACUUCCAAUGGGUAAUCAGUACAGGAGGUGCAGAUCAUUCUGUUUUUCAAUGGCGAUUUAUUCCAGAAGGUGCAACAACUGGAAUCCUGGAAGCAGCCCGUAUAGAAUGUGGCAUAGAUUCAUACAGUGAAGAAUCAGAUUCUGAUUUAUCGGAUGUGCCAGAAUUAGAUUCAGAUAUUGAGCAAGAAGCUCAAAUCAAUUAUGUUCGACAGGUUUACAAAGAAGAUCUACCUCAACUGAAACAACAACGUAAAGAGAAAAGCCAUACAGUGCCCUGCCUUAAGAGAGAGAGAGCCCCUGACGACAGUUUAAAGCUGCAAUUUAUACAUGGUUAUAGAGGAUAUGAUUGUCGAAACAAUUUAUUCUACACACAGACUGGAGAAGUGGUUUAUCAUAUUGCUGCUGUUGCUGUGGUGUAUAAUAGGCAGCAGCAUACCCAAAGACUAUAUCUUGGUCAUGAUGAUGACAUUCUCAGCCUUGCCAUCCAUCCUAUGAAAGAUUAUGUUGCUACUGGACAGGUUGGAAGAGAUGCAGCUAUUCACAUUUGGGAUAUACAGAUGCUCAAAUGUUUGUCACUGCUAAGAGGUCAGCACCAAAGGGGAAUAUGUGCACUUGAUUUUUCAGCUGAUGGGAAAUGUUUAGCUUCAAUUGGAUUAGAUGACAAUCAUACCAUUGUACUGUGGGAUUGGAAAAAAGGAGAAAAGAUGGCAGUGACCAGGGGUCACAAAGAUAAGCUCUUCGUAGUAAAGUGCAACCCUCAUCAUGCUGAUAAACUGGCGACUGUUGGAAUAAAGCACAUAAAAUUUUGGCAACAAACAGGUGGUGGUUUUACCUCAAAACGUGGCAUGUUUGGAAAUAUUGGGAAGCAGGAAACCAUGAUGAGUAUUUCCUAUGGACGGAUAGAAGAUCUCGUUUUCUCUGGAUCUGCAACUGGAGAUAUUUACAUCUGGAAAGAUGUUUUGUUGGUUAAGACAGUAAAAGCUCAUGAUGGACCUGUAUUUGCUAUGCAUGCUUUAGAUAAGGGCUUUGUGACAGGUGGGAAGGAUGGUGUUGUGGCACUUUGGGAUGAUACAUUUGAGAGGUGCUUGAAGACAUAUGCCAUCAAAAGAGCAGCACUCUCUCCUGCGUCUAAAGGGUUGCUGCUGGAAGAUAAUCCAUCAAUCCGUGCCAUCACUUUAGGACAUGGACAUAUACUGGUGGGAACAAAAAAUGGAGAAAUUCUUGAGAUUGAUAAAACUGGUCCCAUGACUCUACUUGUGCAGGGCCAUAUGGAAGGAGAAGUCUGGGGUCUAGCAGCACAUCCCCUCUUGCCUAUAUGUGCAACAGUGAGUGAUGAUAAAACUCUAAGGAUCUGGGAGCUUUCCUCCCAACAUCGUAUGCUGGCAGUGCGAAAACUAAAAAAAGGUGGACGCUGCUGUGCCUUCUCCCCUGAUGGGAAAGCCUUGGCAGUUGGAUUGAAUGAUGGAAGCUUUCUGGUUGUGAAUGCUGAUACUUUGGAAGAUAUGCUUUCUUUCCAUCACAGAAAAGAAAUGAUCUCUGACAUCAAAUUUUCUCGAGAUUCAGGAAAAUACCUGGCAGUGGCUUCCCAUGAUAACUUUGUAGAUAUUUACAAUGUACUUACCAGCAAAAGAGUUGGAAUCUGCAAAGGAGCAUCUAGCUAUGUCACACACAUAGACUGGGAUUCAAGAGGGAAGCUACUACAAGUCAAUUCUGGUGCCAGAGAACAAAUCUUCUUUGAAGCUCCAAGAGGAAAGAGACACAUAAUAAGAUCCACGGAGAUUGAAAAGAUUGAAUGGGAUACCUGGACAUGUGUUCUUGGUCCUACUUGUGAAGGAAUUUGGCCAAUGCAUAGUGACGUCACUGUUAUCAAUGCAGCUUCCCUUACUAAAGAUAGCACUCUCUUAGCUACAGGGGAUGACUUUGGGUUCGUAAAACUCUUCAGAUACCCAGUAAAGGGUCAGCAUGCCAAGUUUAAGAAGUAUGUGGGUCAUAGUUCCCAUGUCACCAAUGUCCAGUGGUUACAUAAUGAUUCUGUGCUGUUGACAGUGGGUGGUGCUGACACUGCCCUGAUGAUCUGGACUCGAGAAUUUGUUGGAACCCAGGAAAGCAAGCUAGUUGACAGUGAGGAAUCAGAUACUGAUGCAGAAGAAGAUGGAGGUUAUGACAGUGAUGUUGCACGAGAAAAAGCAAUUGAUUACACUACAAAGAUCUAUGCAGUGAGCAUCCGAGAGAUGGAAGGCACAAAGCCACACCAACAAUUAAAGGAAGUUUCAGUAGAAGAAAGGCCACCAGUCAGCAGAGCUGCUCCUCUACCUGAAAAACUGCAAAAGAAUAAUAUCAACAAAAAAAAGAAAGUGGUUGAGGAACUGUGUUUAGAUCAUGUCUUUGGAUAUCGUGGAUUUGAUUGCCGCAAUAACCUUCAUUACCUCAAUGAUGGUGCUGAUAUUAUUUUCCAUACUGCAGCAGCAUGCAUAGUUCAAAAUCUCUCAACAGGAAGUCAGAGUUUCUACCUGGAACAUACAGAUGACAUCCUCUGCCUAACAGUCAACCAACACCCAAAAUAUAAAAAUAUUGUAGCCACCAGCCAGAUUGGUACUACACCAUCUAUUCACAUAUGGGAUGCAAUGACUAAGCAGACUCUGUCUAUGCUGCGUUGCUUCCAUUCUAAAGGAGUGAACUAUGUCAACUUCAGUGCAACUGGCAAACUUCUGGUGUCUCUAGGAGUUGAUCCAGAGCAUACAAUCACAGUAUGGAGAUGGCAGGAAGGCACUAAAGUUGCAAGCAGAGGAGGUCACCUAGAGAGGAUAUUUGUUGUAGAGUUUCGUCCAGAUUCUGAUACCCAGUUUGUUUCUGUUGGAGUAAAACACAUGAAGUUCUGGACUCUUGCUGGAAGUGCUUUGCUCUAUAAAAAAGGAGUGAUAGGUUCGUUGGAUGAUGCCAAAAUGCAAACCAUGCUUUCAGUGGCAUUUGGAGCAAAUAAUCUCACGUUCACUGGAGCCAUCAAUGGAGAUGUUUAUGUGUGGAAAGAUCACUUUCUAGUUCGACUUGUGGCAAAAGCUCACACUGGCCCAGUCUUUACAAUGUACACCACUCUUCGUGAUGGACUCAUAGUUACUGGAGGGAAAGAGAGACCAACGAAGGAAGGAGGGGCUGUAAAACUCUGGGAUCAAGAGAUGAAGCGCUGCCGAGCCUUUCAACUAGAGACAGGACAAAUUGUGGAAUGUGUGCGCUCAGUUUGUCGAGGAAAGGGUAAAAUUUUAGUGGGGACCAAAGAUGGAGAAAUCCUUGAAGUUGGAGAAAAAAAUGGUGCUUCUAACCUUCUAAUUGAUAGCCACAUGGAAGGAGAAAUUUGGGGCCUGGCAACUCAUCCAUCCAAAGAUAUAUUUAUAUCUGCUAGUAAUGAUGGAACUGCAAGGAUCUGGGACCUUUGUGAUAAAAAACUUCUGAAUAAAGUUAAUUUGGGCCAUGCUGCAAGAUGUGCUGCCUACAGUCCAGAUGGUGAGAUGGUUGCUAUUGGCAUGAAGAAUGGAGAGUUUAUUAUUUUGCUUGUCAUCAGUCUUAAAGUUUGGGGCAAAAAAAGGGAUAGAAAAUCUGCUAUCCAGGACAUCAGAAUCAGCUCUGAUAAUCGGUUUUUGGCAGUGGGUUCACAAGAACAUACUGUAGACUUCUAUGAUCUCACACAAGGUACAACCUUGAAUCGAAUUGGCUAUUGCAAAGACAUCCCAAGUUUUGUCAUUCAAAUGGAUUUUUCAGCAGAUAGUAAAUACAUUCAGGUAUCAACUGGUGCCUACAAGCGGCAAGUCCAUGAGGUGCCACUAGGAAAGCAAGUGACAGAUACAGCAUUUAUUGGAAAGAUCACCUGGGCUACCUGGACAAGCAUCCUUGGGGAUGAAGUUAUUGGAAUUUGGCCCCGAAACGCAGAUAAGGCAGAUGUCAACUGUGCCUGUGUGACCCAUGCUGGUUUGAACAUUGUCUCUGGAGAUGACUUUGGGCUAGUCAAACUCUUUGAUUUUCCAUGUACUGAAAAAUUUGCCAAACAUAAGCGUUAUUUUGGUCAUUCUGCACAUGUCACCAACAUACGCUUUUCUCAUGAUGACAAGUAUGUUAUCAGUACAGGAGGAGAUGACUGCAGUGUAUUUGUAUGGCGAUGCCUUUGAAGGUCACAACUCUCAAGGAACAUUCUUGCCACCGCUGCCAUUUGAGUGCCAAACAGUAAACACAUGGAAACUGUUCAAGAUCUCAGCAUGGCUGGGAUUACGAACUGUCUAUUUAUGAAAGACAUAAUUAGUCUAUAUAAUACAUCCCCAAAUAUAUGCAACCAUGGGGAAAUCAAAUAUUACAUAAUUUGAUAUUGACUUUAAAUUAAUUAAUCUAAUAUAUACUAAAAUCUGUCUUGCCAAAUUAAAUAUUCAGGAAUACAAUGCCAAGACCAGGGUCUCAAACUCAAAUUGUCACAAGUGCCAUGUGAGUCUUAGCCUUGACGGCCACAAAACUGAAACCUUUCUGCGCAUGAAUUAAGUCCAAAAUGAAAAGUAUCACAUAUGUCGUAUAACAUAAUAUAUUGUGCUCUUAAAUCAAACUUUAUUAUGAAGCAAAGCUACUUGCAAGACCGCCAUUUGGUCGGCAGCAUUUUCCAUUAACUAUAAUACCAAUAUCUGAUGUUAUUACUUGGUGAUGUAUAAUUUUUUUCUAAAUCCCAUUAAGAACAGUACCGGCUAGGGCUAGUCCCAUCCCACUACAAGCUUAAGGUUUAAAGGUUUCCCCUGUCCAGUUAUGACUGACCCAAAGGGGUGGUGCUCAUCUUUGAUUUUUAGGUGAGGGAGCCUGAAUUCUCUGAGACGCUUUCAUCAUCAUGUGGCCAGCAUGAAAAUACAGAAUGCGGUAACCUUUGUGCUGAAGCAGGUCCUAUUUAUCCACUUUCAUUUGCAUGCUUUCAAACAGCUAGGUUGCCAGGAGUUGGAGUGAGUAAUGGGAGUUCAUCCCAUUGUGUGGGCUCAUCUCAAACCCAGGUUGUCAGCUUUCCAGCUGCCAAGCCCAGUGUCUUAAGCGCUAAGCCAUCAUGCCCCCCUCCUGUCCCAUUAAAAACAGCCAAAAUCCUGCUUUUCUUCUUAUUGAGCAGGCUUCUUUCAGAUUUUUCUUUAUUCACUUUUGUCCUCUUGCCUGUUCUUCUUUCACUAGCUAAGCUCUCCUCCACUUGUUGGCUGAUGCCUUGCUUGGCAUAUGAACGCUCACAGCAAUGCAGCCAGGCCAGGCCUUAUUCUCCAACCUUCUCCAUAUCAGCUCCAGCCCCCAAGCUUCAUGUCCGGGGCUCUGCCUGGAGAUCCGUGCAGCCUUAGAACAUGUGUUCUUGGAAUGGGUGCUGCCAGUGCAAAAGGCAUUGGAGCACAGAUUGCAUGGCCCAACCAACCAGGCUCAGCUGUUGCCAAGAAAACUAUAAGGUUGGUUUGAAAUGAAUUGCUUUGGUGCCUGCAUGCAGAUAUCUGUACAUAGGUCUCUGACCUCAGUGGCUACAAGGUCUUAAAUAAUGGAACACACCAAAUCAUUUCAAGGGCCAUGAAUUUGGGACCCCUGACUUAGUUUAUUGUAGAGAUAAGGCUUCAGCAAUCUAUUAAAAAAAAUGAAAGACUUCAAUGUGAAAAUAGUGAAGACAAGCUUUCUUAUUUCUUAAACUUGUUCUAUCAUUCCUAAAUCAUAUUAGGGGCAGGAUUCAUUAUGACAAAAGCCGGCUUUUGUUUGUAGCUGAUUUUAUUAAAAAAUGAACUAAUUAGCAAUGCUCUCUCUUCCAUUAAGUGUAUUAGAUGAAAUUCUUUUUGCCAUCUUUUAUACAAAGUGCCUUUUGAAAACUUUUCAGAUACUGCAGGAUAUAACAUUGUCUCCUGCCAUUGCCUCUUUCUGCUCAUGGUGCUAAAAUCUACAAACUGACGAGGGCUGACAAAGUCACUUUUCCCCCCAAAUAUUCAUUUUUAAAAUUUAUUUUAAUUAAAUUUCAGCCUUCCCUCUUAAUAUCAACAACAAAGAGUAAAGGUACAAAGCAGAAAUUAAAAAAUUGUCAGUCAGUUUGACACUACAUUUGGAAAUUAGGACUUCAGAGAAGUGGUAGAAUUAAAUGAACAAUGAAUACCCUUCCUUUCCUUCCCAUUUGAGGUACAUUUUUCAAUACCUUUUAUCCAGCCAAGCAAUAGCCAAGGUGGCAUUUUAACUUCGGGGGAGGG